AUGCAGCAAUACGACGUGGCCGUCGUCGGCCUAGGCGCCCUCGGAAGCGCAGCAGCAUACUACGCCGCUCGUCGCGGCAAAUCAGUCAUCGCAUUCGAGCAAUUCGAGCUCGGCCACGUCCGCGGCGCCUCCCACGAUACCUCGCGCAUCGUGCGCACCUCCAACUCGCUCCCAGAGUAUGUGGCGCUCGCUAGAUCCGCGUACAAGGACUGGGCCGAGCUGGAGCAAGUCACCGGUCAGAAACUGUUGACCAUCACCGGCGGCGUUGUCUUCGUCCCGAGGGACAUGUCCACCCCGUUUGACACCCUCGCUCAGACCCUCCACGACACGGGCGUCCCCUACGAGCUUCUCGACGCGGCGGAGGUCAAACGCCGCUGGCCUCAGUUUGAUAUCCCGGACUCUGUCGACACCGUCUACACGCCCGACACGGGCAUCGCCCACGCCUCCAAAACCGUCUCCCUCCUACAGCACCAAGCCCGUACCCACGGCGCCCUCCUCAAAGAGAACAUGCCCGUCGAGCGAGUCACCCCUCAACCCUCCGGAGGAGUCCUCAUCGAGACAGCUACGAAUUCCACCAACACCAACACCAACAAAUACCACGCCAAAAAGGUAAUCCUCGCCACAGACGCCUGGACCAACAAGCUCCUGGCCCCCCUAGGCGUUCACAUCCCCCUCACCACCAUGCAAGAACAAGUCACAUACUUCAAACCCACCGACCCCACCGCCUUCAACCCGGCACACUUCCCCGUCUGGAUCUGGGGCGCCGACCCCGCCUUCUACGGCUUCCCUACCUACGGCGAGCCGACUAUCAAAGCCGCCCGCGAUACCUCCAACAACUUCAUGGCGCCCGAUCAGCGCACGUUUGUCCCCUCCGCGCAGCUGCAGGAUCAGUUGGAUGGAUUCAUGCGCGGAUUCAUACCCGAUGAGGGGAGGAAGCCGCUGCGCACUGUUACUUGUCAGUAUUGUAUUACGCCGGAUCGGCAGUUUGUGAUUGCCCCGUUGGAGGAGCAUCCGGAUGUUAUUGUGGGGUUGGGCGCUGCUCAUGCGUUUAAGUUUACUCCUGCUUUUGGGAGGGUUCUUGCGGAUAAACCACCAAUAUACCCGAACAGCCCCUUCUAA